AUUGUGUUAUAUUCUGAGCUGCAGCCCCUUGGGAGGUGGGGCGCCCCGAGUUUCGUUUACUUGUCGGAUCGUUCGGCAAGCCAUCAUGCUCUUGAACCGGUUAACGCGCAGCAAGUCAAGCUCAAUCUAGCAUCUACAGCCCUACAGGGCCAAGAACACACGUCAUUGGAUUCGUUCGACGUCAAUGACGCGCGGAGCAGGUGUUGAGCCCAAUCCAGGAACCCCUAGUUCCCAUCUCGUCCGGGGAAGCUUGUUGUGAAAUACUAUCCCUCCUACAAAUUCCAACCCGCGCGCAGCAGCAGCAGCAGCAGCGACCAGAACCAACAUCAGGCCUCAGCACCCUCGCGUCUGUCGUCGUGCCACCCAGUAACACAACAACCAGCGACAACAAGCACACCACCCAAUGGCGCGCUCCAACAUGCCAUACCACCAAUUCCCAGCACACGAACGGGACUCACUCCUCGGUCGCAACCGCAACGCCCCUACGGGUGCCUCAACAACAACCACCCCUUGGCGCCUCACGCAGCUCAAAACCCACCUCCACCAACCCGUAUCACGCCGCUACACCGACCUAAUUCUUCUAAUCUGCUACAUAAUCACAGGACUACUAGACUCAUCAGCAGUCUUCAUCUGGGGCUCAUUCGUCUCCAUGCAAACCGGCAACACCGUGUACGCAGGGCUGGGGCUCCUCGCAGGCGUGGACCAAGCCAGCGGCGACCGAUCGCUGAAAGCGCUGAUCUCAAUCACCAGUUUCUGCGGCGGCAGUUUCUUCUUCGCGUGCCUCCACCGGCACCUCUUCGGCGGGCCGCGGGUGCGCGGCGCCCUGGCCCUCUCCUUCGCCCUCCAGACGCUCUGCAUCGCCGUCGCCGCCGUCAUCACUGGCGUGUAUCGUCCGCCCAGGGGCGCAGGGCUGGGCUGGACUACCGCCGUGCCGUUGGCGCUCGUCGCGUUCCAGGGUAGCGGGCAGGCGGUCGCGAGUCGCGUGCUGCAGUUCUCUGCGUUGACUUCUGUCGUCUUGACCAGUAUUUACUGUGAUCUGUUCUCGGCGCCGGUGUUGGGGGCGUCGUCUGUUGCUGGGAAUCCCGAUGAGUGGAGGCGCCUGGGCGCUGUGUUGGCGCUUGUGGUCGGGGUCGUUAUGGGGGGUUUCUGGGCGAAGAGUGAGGUCGGAUUGCAGGGCGCGCUGUGGACGGCUGUGGGCCUGAAGGCUGGGAUUACGGUUACGUGGUUGUGGUGGAGGGAGGAGAAGGUUGGUGGUGAUGAGGAGGAGGAGGAGGAGUAGACUUGGUAUCUCGGUGGAGAUGGGUGGUUGAUCAGAGGUGGUUAGGUACCAUGAUACCGGUGCAUGGCGUUGCUCAUACUUUUUCGGACAGCGGAUAGAGACAGCUUUCAGCAUGGGAGAGGCGAUGAGUAGAUUUAGUAUCCAAAGUAAAACGGCGUGAG